UGAGCUGUCCCCUGGCUGUCCCCAGGCGCCAUGUCCUCCACGUCACAGAAGCACCGGGACUUCGUGGCGGAGCCGAUGGGGGAGAAGCCGGUGGGGACCUUGGCCGGGAUCGGGGACGUGCUGGGCAGGAAACUGGAGGAGAAGGGCUUCGACAAGGCCUACGUGGUGCUGGGGCAGUUCCUUGUGCUGCGCAAGGACGAGGAGCUGUUCCGGGAGUGGCUCAAGGAGACGUGCGGGGCCAACGCCAAACAGAGCCGCGACUGCUCGGGCUGCCUGCGCGAGUGGUGCGACGCCUUCCUCUGAGCCCCC